AUGCUCUCAGCUCAAACAGGUGUACUGGAGCAAGUUGACGGCUCCUGUAAGCUUCAAUGCGGCCAAACAACUGUGGAAUGCUCCGUCACUGGACCCAUAGAGCCCAAAGCAAGGCAGGAACUACCUGCGCAGCUAGCAUUGGAAGUAAUCGUUAGACCCUGCCGAGGCGUUCCAACCACUCGAGAGAAGCUGCUGGAGGACCAAAUCCGUGGUGUCGUUACUCCUGUGCUAGCCAGAUACCUUUAUCCCAGACAGCUAGCUCAGGUGUGUUUCCAGAUACUGGAAAGCGGAGAGCCCGAGGAAAAUUUCAGUGUCAAAGAGUUGAGUGCCUGCAUCAACGCAGCUUUCCUAGCAAUAGUGGAUGCAGGAAUCGGUCUUCAAUUCUCUUUUGCCAGCGUAGUAUUAUCAGUUUCCACUGAUGGUGAGGAGAUUCGUACGGACCCUGCACAGUUGGACUUAAUCGAAUCCAAAUCUACACAUAUACUAGCAUUGCAACUCGGAGAAGGUACCCAAAAGGUAGAAAACGUGCUUCUUUUUGAAAGCCACGGCGACUUCACAGAGGAUACAGUGCUUCGGGUCCUUCAGUUUGGAGAAAAAAGCUGUGUUGAGACCGCUCAAGAGUUGCGUAAAGUUGUGCAGCGUAAAGUCCAGCAAGACUUUGUUUGGCGAUAG